UUUGAAAUAAAGUAUUUUAAAUUUAAAUAAUGUAUUUUUCUAAUUUUUAAGAUUGUAAAGAGUGGAAUGAGAUGGUUGACCUUUGGGAUACAGAUUUACAGAACGCUAAGGCGUUAAUAAGAUCCGCAAAUGAAUGCGCUAAUAUCUACACAUCGCAAACUGAUAAAGCCGAGACGCUCAAAUGCUUAACCAUAAUAAGAGCCAAAGUCGCCUCUCUAAAACGGACUAUAAAUAACCUCGAAAUGAGCCUCCUGGACAUGGAUUCCAGUAACCUGAGCUCACAAGUCAUACAUAACCGACGAAGGGAUCUCGAUGAAGUUAUUUACUCGUUCAGAUCACUCGAACUUAUUCUCAAAAAUUCUAACCCCGAUCUCACUCACAUACAACCAAACUCCACCCGGUUGAACGAGUCUGAUUUGAGGGAGAUGUCGACUUCGGAGUUUAAGUAUUACAGGGACACGAUGAUAAAAAUACAGGACGACGAGUUGGAUUUGCUGGACAGCAGUGCAAGUUCAAUUAAGAACAUAAGUACAAAUAUCAGAGAUGAAGUUAAUUUACACACGAGACUGCUUGGCGAUGUUUCCGAGUCCAUGGACUACACAAACUCAUUCGUUAACAGGAACAGGGAACGAUUCAAUAAUAUCAUCCUCAGGGACUCUAAGGCUUUAAUUAAAUCACUCCAACAGAAAAAUAACAAAAAAAAACCCAAAAAUUUAAACACAGAACCGCAAGAGGAGGAGGCAGUAGAUAAUUCCUCAGUAGAUGACGAAAUACAACGGGAGGAAUCACUUGAUGAGUUAACCACUGAAGACUUAUUGGAGCCUGAACCAUCAGUUAACUCCAAUGUGUUACCUGAAAAUUACAAUUUCUCCGAACCCCCAGCCAAAUCAGCUCCUACAACUUCUGACACCGUAAAUGUUAAUUUACACACUGUAGAAUAUAAACAACCCGAGUACAAGAGUGUUUUGGUGGAGAGGGAUGGUGAAGUAGAUUUAAGGAGGCGUAAAUUACCCUGUUGCAUGAUGGAACAGGAGAUUAUCGACGCUAUUAGGAAUAAUGAUAUUGUUCUCAUCACAGGUGAUACCGGAACAGGGAAAUCCACUCAAAUACCGCAAUUUUUGUAUGAGAAUGGUUUUUGUGGCGGUGAAAGUAUAAUUGGAGUAACGCAGACUAGAAGAGUAGCUUGCAUAGCAAUAGCUAAGCAAAUUUCACUAGAGUUAAACUCGUCAACCUUAGUUGGAUACCAAAUAAGAUAUGAUAAAAUGUUUAAUCGGAACUGUAAAAUUAAACUCAUGACCGAUGGAAUUCUACUCAAUCACUUAAAAAGUGAUAUCCUCUUGACAGGGUUUAGUGUGAUAAUAAUUGAUGAGGCGCAUGAGAGAAGAGUAAAUUCUGAUAUAUUAAUUGGACUCCUAUCGCAAAUCGUUAAACUCAGACGUCAACUCUACAAUCAACACAACAAACUUCCGCUCAAGUAUUUUUUACCAACUACUCAUUUUCACACUUUUCACAUUAUUUACACUAUUUUACACUAUCUUACACUAUUUACACUAUUUUACACUAUUUUACACAAUUUUACACUUUUUACCCAAUUUUUACACAUAAACUUGAUUUGUAGAUUGGUGAUAAUGAGUGCUACGAUACGGAAGGAGGAUUUUCUGGAGAAUGAAAUAUUUAGGGGAAUUAAGCAUGUUCAUAUUACAUCCGGGAAGUUAAACUACACUGUGCACUAUAACAAAACUACGCCCGUCGACUAUCUGUUGGAGGCCAAGAAAAAAAUACUUCAAAUACAUAAAAAACUACCACAAGGCUCAAUUUUAGUUUUCCUAACAGGGAAACAUGAAUUAUACACACUCAAAUCGUUACUGUCGGGGGUUAACACUGGGUACAUACCCCCUCAGGAGACUGCUCACAAUACUACUGAGAACAGUAAUACUACUGGUGACCCUGUGGAUGGAGAAAUAUUUGAACUAGAAGAUGAAUCUGAAGAUUUAGAAGUUGAUUUAGGAGAAUUAGAUGAUAAAACACUGGGGUCUGAUGAACAACAUAGUGACACUGACGAGAGAAUAGAAUAUGAAUUGAAUGUUUUGACGGAAAAUUAUAAGAAAUCAGUUGAUUGUGAGUGGCUAGGGUCAGAUUCUCAGGGGAAACUAACAAUCAAAAUCCUACACGCUUCACAAUCUAACCAACAACAAAUGGAGUGUUUUAUGUUACCUAAGGAGAAUGAAAGAAUUGUUAUUCUGUCAACUAAUGUCGCAGAAACUUCAAUCACACUGCCAAACAUCAGGUAUGUGGUGGACAGUGGGAAGGAGAAGAGAAAGAAAUAUGACAAUGUGAGGGGGUUUGAGAAGUUUGAAAUAUUAAACGUGUCAAAAGCGUCUGCGGACCAGAGAGCUGGCAGAUGUGGCAGACUUGGUCACGGCCACUGCUACAGAUUAUACACAAACUCCAUCUUCAAUAAUUUAUUUCCCCCGUCGUCGCCCGUAGAGAUUUUGGAAUCUAAUUUAACAUCGGUUUGUCUUGUGUUAAUCUCGUUUGGGAUUAAUCCGUACAACUUUACGUUCCUCACGAGACCGCCAAAGGAACUCAUAGACUCGGCAAUUCUCACACUAUACCACUUGGACAUUAUUAAAUUAACUAUUAGAGGGGGGACAGAGGAGAAUUUGAACCUUUUAGGUGAUCCCUUUAAAGUACCUCCUGAACAACAUUGUACUCCUAGUAUUGACAGGGUUGACGAGCUGACCAUUACGAGACUGGGGAAAUGUGUGAGUUUAAUACCGUUGGAUCCGAGAUACGCCAAGAUGAUUUACUGCGUCUUAUCCAAAUUAAAUCACAUAAAAGAAAGUAUCAGGCCCAACUUCCUUUCCGUGUCAUUCAUCGUCAUAUCAGCACUAUCACACAAUAACACUCUUUUCACACAUGAUUCUGGUGAUAUUAGCAGUGGUAAAUAUGCAAAUGACGUGGAGAUGUUAAUGUGUGUUUUGUGUGAUUACAGCGUGUCGGAGGAGAAAAAUGCGUUUUCCAGUCGCAAUUCACCGAAUCAAAAGUUAAAUUCACUGAAUCAAAAGUUAAUUUCUGAGGUAUUUCUGCAGGCAAAUCAGCUCUUCGAAAUCAUCUCAGCACAGUUUAACUCGCUCAAACACAUCUCACAGCUCAAUGUUCUCAACUCCAAACUCCAAAAAUUAAAGAAUUUGGAGAUGAAAAUACUAGUGGAAUGUGUCAUCGAGUGCUUGGUGGACAAAAUAGCCGUCGGUGUCAGAUACCUAACCCCUGACUCCAAGAGUAAAGGCUACAAAUGCGCCCAAAUGCCGAAUGAAACUGUUUACCUAAAAAACUCCAAACACAAUUACGAAAUUGUCGCCUACAACUAUCUAAUGUCACAACCUACACACUCUGUGACUGUUAACACUGCUGUGACUAACACUGGGACUGGUAACACCGCUGUGACUAACACUGGGACUGGUAACACUGCUGUGAGUAACACUGUGACUGCUAACACUGCUCGAACUAACACUGGGGACACUAUAAAAGAUGAUAAAAUUCGUAUGUAUAAUGUUGUGGAGGUGAAUGCGGCGCAUUUGGCUAUGUUGAGUUCAAGUUUAAUAGUAUCUAAGGAGGUAGAAAAGAGUCCGAAACCUGUGUACGCUGAUGGUAAAGUAUUUGCCUAUGCUAAGCAGUAUUAUAAACCACUAGACUACCCACUCACAAUAAGUAAAAUACAAUUAAAUUCACACCCGCUGGUGUUUAGAGCAUUUGCCGAAGCAUUUUGCUUCGGCCUGGUGUACGCAAAGUUGGCAGAAUUCACACCUCUCCUGACCUGUGCCAGUGAGGAUUUCUACAAACCCUUGAAACUGAACAGUGCGCUGUACAACUUUAUCAAAUCUAUUGCCAGUAGAAGUGUGUGUGACAGGGAGACGUUUGAAAGGGAAUUCUCAAGGGAUAAUAAAUUCCUAUUCAAACAGUACACAAACCUGCUAAGGCGACAGUACGAGCCAAAAAAGUUACUCUCCAUCUAUCAAUCUCUUUUAAUUUAUUAUACAAUAGGUAAUUUGAGGAUUUGUGGAAAAAUAGGUAAUUUGAGGAUUUGUGGAAAAAUAGGUAAUUUUGAGAAUUUGUGUAAAAAUAGGUAAU